AUGGACGACGUGAAACCCACCGCAAGGUGGGCCAAGCGCAUGUUGCGCCCCUUGACCUCCACUUACCGCCGACUUGAGAAGCACUAUGAGACGUUGGCGAUUAUUGCCACCGAUGCGAGCAUACAUGAACAUAAUGCAAACAUUCAUACGCAUGCACAAGAUACCAGCGAUGUUGUGAAAGCUCCGGAGAAUGACUUUGGAUCAGACGCGGAUGAGGGCGACCCGGUCUGGGUCCCAGGCAAGAAAGCUGAUCAGCGGCGCGUGCGGCAUAAAUACUCGUCUCGGGGAGAAGGCAGAGGAGGAAGAAGACGAACAAGACUCUCAAUGCACAGCCCGGAAGCCAGUCGGACUCUGCCCGGCGCAAUUGAGCUCGCAACCCCGGUGAUCACGGGAAAGCGAUGGGAAGCACCAGGGAGUGCCCAGUCACAACUUUCGGCCGAGCAGGAGAGGCCGACGAAUCUACAUGCACAACCGCGGCUCUUUCAUGGCAAGAAGGACCCCUGGUGGCAAGGGUUUUUCGACAACUUCGGUGACCCGGAACUCGCCAACAUACUACAUAAUAUCCAGGCCAACCUUCUAACUCUUCUGUUCAAUACGCGCAUUGACAAACGUGGUCCUGGCAGGCCAAGACCCCAGCCUCUCCGUGGAACUCGAUCUCUGAUGUCGACAGUGGUACGACGACUGCCCGAAUUCAUCGCGAAUGAGCAGGAUGUCCAGGACGAGCUUGACCCUCAUGGGGAUGAAGACAUGUGUGACGCCUAUUUUACCGAAUUGGAAAGCUAUUACGCACCCCAUGGUCAAGGAUGGAAGCCCCUCCGGGAGGCCGUUCGAGCGCAGGGCCUUCACCUGGUGUCGGCCAUGAUAACGAACAAGUGGUUGCCAGAUCCAGUAGUCUGUACAGUGAUUGAGAGAAUUCGAUGGCUUGAGCCAGACGCAUGCCAAGCAUUACUUUCGGCAUUUCUAUCUACGCGAAAGAGCUAUCAUUAUCCCGUUACCAUCAGGGCUUCUGCCGAAUUGGUUGACGUGGUUGACCCUAUUAAAAUGCUCUGCAGAUACGCACUUGUGGGCUCGUCUCAUUACUCAUACAUUUUUAGUGAGAUUUCCAAGCUUCUCAUGCGUGGUGUUAUGCCUCCAGAAUGGAUGGCCACCCAGUUAUGGAAUAAAUGGAUGACUCGGGCGACUGAAUCAUUUUCCAAAGGGGAUCAUAAGUUGGCUGCAGCCUCCCGGCUCAUUGAGGGUGUUCUGAUUUCAGCUGCUGGUAUCUUGCCGACUGUUGCGGUCCCAGUACCGGAACAAGGCCAUACAGAGAACCACGGCCUUGGCCCCGACAGACCCACACGAACCUCUUCCAGCUCAAUGACUGACAAAUCUGAUCUUUCUCGAAAGUGUCCUGUCCCGGUGGAAGAUGCGCUGACCAACCAUGUGACGAGUCUAUUGGCAGCGCUGUGCGGCAUGCACAUCUCGCGAUCCCGUGAGCUCGAUGACUCGGAUCAUGAAGGAACAAAGGCUGGUCAUGUCAUCGACUAUCUUUGCUUUACCCUUGAGAAAGACGUGGAAUCACAGCCGCUCUCACAUGUUACUUCUCUCCCGUCCCACCAGUUACUGAGACGAGGCGGCAUCCUACUGGCGAGUUGUCUAUUGCAAUGCAACGAUGCAGUUCUAAGCGAUCCCCACCGUCACUCGAUUGGCUCUUCGCCCAUGAUAGAACGAUAUUGUGAGACAUUGGCGUCUCGCUCGAGUCUACUCAAGGAAUUGGCCUCGUUAGUGCGACAAGCAUUCCGAUGUUUUGGCGGUACGACAGACGAUGAACGUCUCUACAUGGGCCGAGAGGCUCGCCGCAUGAUCUCCCGGCUUCCUAAAAUGACCGAUGCGCCAGCUUUAUCUACCUUUCUUGGUCGAGUGGCUGUAGAAGCUGCUAUGGAGUUUGCAGAGAACACUGGUGAGCCAGAUGAUCAUGUGUGGGCGGUUGAGGUUCAAGAGGCGGUCAUUUCUCUUCUAGACGAGAAGCAGCCCAGUCCGGAAUCUUCGUCCGAGUUAGAGGAGCACGGACUGCAGAAUGGCUGCUUUCGUUGGGAGGAGAGUAUUGGAGAAUGGGUUGCUCGUACUCCAGCAAUCAAGUCCAACGCCUUCCCGAUCGCUAUGGCCAGGGGUCGUCCCUCUUUGACUGCAAAGCCCGUGCCCAGCAUCCCGUGCUCCACAGACAGCGGCUCACCCGGGUCCGAUUACGAGUCUGAUCGCUUCAUGGAAAUUCCUUCAAGUCUGACAUCGUCGCCUCCAUCAGCUGGCUUGAAACGAACCCUUGAGUGCACAGACUCUUCACCUUUACAACCAGCGAAACGACGACGGCCAGUCCCUGUCGUUGUGGAAAAUCAAGAAGCGAGACGCACGAGAAGCAGUGGACUCGUAUCCGCCACCAUUACCCCAAAGUCUCCAUCGCUGCAGCCGGUACCAUCACAGCGUCGUGUUCUACGUGAACUAUCAAGCCGGAUUGCAACCAAGCAGGCAGCUCCGCCCCCUACGACAGCAAAGUCCGCCACUAAGGUCGAAGUCGUGAUUGUCCAUCAGAAGAACUCUGAGACCGCCGAUAUCCAGUCGGACUCUGAGUCAGAGCUGGAAGUGGUUGAGAAGCAGAUUCAUCGAGCGAAGGACCGACGCAGGUCCGGACGAUCUCGUACCUCGAUACUCCCUAGUCGUGUUCCAGUGGCGGCCCGGCGGAAGUCGAUGGUCAUACCUGACUCAGACGAGGACAGCGAUGACGAGCUUAGCUUCUUCUGA